GGGGAAGCUCUGAACCUCAUGUGUAACUUCACGCGUACUACGGGCAACCGGACUGCUGGCUACGUGCGACGCCGGAAUGGCUUCCUCAGUUGACGUGCCCCUGAAUUAUGAAAAGAUGUUUGCUCACCGAUUUACACCAGAUGAUAAGGAAUACCAAGAGUACCUGAAACGCCCUGCGGAUCCACCUCCUAUAGUUGAAGAAUGGAGAAAUAGAUCGGGUGGUAACCAGAGGAACAGAGAUCGGUUUCAAGAUGGCAGAUAUUUCAGAGGGGACAGAUACAACUGGCAAGGUGACCAUAGAUCUAAUCAGAGGCCAGACAGAAGCUGGGGUAAUAACUACCAGCAGCACAGACAAGGACAAUCUUACUCUUCCCACUAUGGACAAUAUGGCUACAACUCCUACAACCCAGGGCCUCGUUACCAUCCCUACUGAUGACAGUUGUGUUUUGAAAGUCCGGUAACACUAUGUAAAAAAAAUUCAGUCAGUUGAGCUUUGUUUGUCUUCGGUUUUUUGAUUUUUCACAGUUUUAUAGAUAAAUGAAGAAUCAGUAUUAAAGUCCAUUCCUGUUUAUCUGUAGUGCAAACUGAAAAAGAAAGUACCCUUGAUGAAUAAUAAAGGCGUAUUAAACUAAGUUUGUGUAGAGACUGUAGAUCUUAGGUUAAAUUUCUAUCCCAUAUUCUUCUUUGAAUGCGUAUUAGUACACUUUGUUACAUUUUGGAAAACAGGUCGGGGGCUUGUCCGCAGCUUGUAGCAGUAGGACGUUGUCUUAAAACAGUUCUUUUUGAAAGUGACGUAUCGUGUCUUUCUUUGGAGAGAAGUUCUAAGUUUGGCUUUGAUAGUGAGGAAAACACUCAGUUUGGUUUGAAUUUCAGAUGUUUUAAAAGGAGAAGAGAGAUGCUGUUAGAGAAGUACUUUAUAGUGUGCUGGCAUUUAUGAAAACUCAGGAACUUCUUUUAAGUAUUGAUGAAGAUGUGUGGCUUCUCAACAUUUAAUUUAUUGGAAUAAAAAGAAUUGUAUCAGAGAAACAAGAUCUCGCAUACAAGAUAAAUUCCUGUGUGUUGAAUCAAUGGAUUCCAUUUAUACACAGUAUUCAUCUUAAAACAUGGUAACAAUUGAAAUAAAUUAACUGGUUUAAAUAUUUAUCUUCUUACUCUAGUAGUUCAGCGGUACACAAAUUUUAUUUGAGAAGUGGUACCAAAAUUGGAAUAAUUUAUAUCAUCGUAAAAUAAAUUUGGUAUGUGCAUGACAAACUUUGGGAUUCCUGUUUCUUUUAAGUAAACCUAUAAAAAUCAUGAUGACUGUAAUUAGUUGUUAUGAAGUGCUUCAUGGACGUCUUAAAGAAAGGAACCCUAAUAAGUACUGUUCUAUAUUUUUUGCAUGAGAAAAUAGCAUAAGCAGUGUAGAGUAUGUUUUUUUGGUUCUUAAAUAAUUUGAGUUUUUUUUUUUAACUACUCACACAAAUAAAAGUAUUUCAGGCUUAAGGAUGUUUCUGAAUAUUUCUGAAAUCUACUUUUGAAACAUUUGGAAUUGCAACACAGGCAUCUAGGCUGACAGCUGCACAAGAAUCACCACUAACUAGUAAGUGUUAAUAUUGGACAGAUGCUAGUUUAAAUUAGAAGAGUGGCCCACUCAGCUAAAAUCAAGAAGAUGAGACAUAUUGUGAUUAAUUAGAAGUCUACAGUGUUAAUCCAGUACCUUGCAUUCUACUAUAACAGGGUCAAAGUUCUCUGUUUUGCUCUUUACUUGAUAAGCUAAUUUGUAUCAGGAGAACAGUGCAUUUUUUGUACUUGACAUUUUCUUCAGCUAUUGUACAGUAACACAGAACCCUUCAGGCUGAGUGUUGUUAAAGUCAUUGCAUCGCAUCAUGCUUUGUGAUAAGGAGUUCAAUUUAGUAGAUCUUGAUUUAAAAGCAAAGAAUAAAUACAGAAGUUAAAAGCA